AUGACUUUCGGAGACUCAGGUGCAGCAUCAAACAAAAAUGGCCAAUCCAAGAAACCCCCCAAGAGUGAUAAGAAGAAGUCAAAUGACCCAAACAAGGACAAAUCCGAAAAUCAGGGUGGCUCAUCAGGUCAGGGGGGUGGCUCAGGGGCAUAUGUGUCACCGCCAGACUUCUUCUCCUUUAAUGACCCCGGAAACGGCAAAUGA